AAUAGGUUUGGUUUUUUCUUGAAUUAAUUUUGUCACUCACAACUUUACAAAAUACCUUUGCGAUUGCGUUCCUAGGACGUCUGGUCGUCAUUCAGGACAGUUCAUUUUGUACGUUAUCGAGUAACAAAUGAUUUAGCCAGGGUGGAAAUCCUGGACAUCAACUAUCUCCUUCUCCUAGUACCAGCCAAUCUCUAUAAUCAUUUUGCCCUUCUAGUUGGUCGUCAAAGUACUAGAAUGAUAAUAGACAAGUGUUAGCCAGUGUGAAUGUUAUCAAUGAUACAGAUAAUAUGAAUUGUGAAUAAUUUAUGCAUUUACAAAUUGGUGAUACUGUUCUGCUUCAAUCACAACCUGUAGUAUCGGUGCAACAAUCUGGGAUUUGGUCGUUUGUACAUUUAUUUGACAUAAAUGUGUAUUGUUGCUAGGUCCAUCAAUGAAGGAACGAUUGUUACAAUGGUUCGUUCUCGUAUUGGUGAUUGCCUCUGUUGUUGGCGGAGAGAAGAGCAAUUCUAAAGAUGAUGAGGAAGAUAGUUAUGAUCUAAGGACCAGCGAUGUAGAUGAACACGAUGAUGCUACCACCCGUAUGCUGCAGCUCAUCAAUAAUGCUGCCAUGAAAAUUGUUGAUGCUCCUGAUUUAUCGAAGGAAAAACCAUCUGAUCAGUCUCAAGAACAAUUAAAAACAGAAGAUUUAGAUGCCUCUGAUAAUUUACAGUUAGUUAAAUUUCCAACAGUUGGUUUGUUUAACUACUGGGCAGAUAUGUCAAAUGAUGACAUUAGCAUACAACAUAUGAAAAGUGAUGAUGAUAUUGAUGAUGGCAUAGAUGUUACGGAAUGGAAGGAACCAGUUAGAAGUCUUCCGAGUUCAUCUAGAGAAGAAGAAGCUGAACAAUUAUAUCAGGCUGGUUUGAAAAAAUUAAAAUCAACCCUUGGAGAUCAUUUAGAUGCCUAUGAAUACUUCUACAGAGCUCAAACUUUAGACCAUGAAGAAGCCAAAGCAAAAUUUGCUUUCGCUCUUUUAUUUGGCUUGAAGUACACUCAAGAUAUCCCUAGAGCGUAUGAAAUAUUCAAUGAAUUAUCAAAAAAAGGAAAUCCAGAUGCUCAUUUGGGUAUGGGUUUCUUGUACGCUGUUGGAUUACACCUUCCUGUAAGUCAGCCAAAAGCACUUGUACAUUACGUUAUGGCUGCAGUUGGUGGUAAUGUAUUGGCCCAAUUAGCAUUGGGAUACCGAUAUUUUGCUGGAGCCACUGUGGCAUAUAGCUGUGAAAAGUCAUUGGAAUACUAUAGAGCAGUUGCAAACAAUGUUGCAAACGAGUUAUCUUUAUCUGGUGGACCGCUUGUUCAACGUAUAAAAUUAAUGGAGGAGCUAGACAAUCCAAAUUAUAAUAGUGGAAUUGUAGAUUCUGAUUUGUUAGACUAUUAUAAAAUGUUGGCUAAUAAAGGAGAUGCCCAAGCACAAGUUGGAUUAGGUCAGUUAUAUUUACAAGGUGGCAGAGGUGUACCAAUUGAUAUACAAACUGCUUAUUAUUAUUUUCAAAGAGCGGCCGAGAAUGGUAAUGCUCUUGCAUAUGGUUUUCUUGGAAAGAUAUUUUUGGAAGAGCGUGAUGAUGUUAAACCAGAUUAUGAAAAAGCUCUUGAAUAUUUUUAUAAAGCAGCAAAAUUGAAAAAUCCAGUUGGUCAGAGUGGUCUUGGUUAUAUGUAUUUACAUGGUCUCAAUGUAGCUCAGGAUUAUUCAGAAGCCUUAAAUUGGUUCACCCUGGCUGCUGAACAAGGUUGGGUUGAAGGACAUUUAUAUGUGGGAAUCAUCUACUACAAGGGAUUGGGUGUAAAACGUGAUUAUAAACUGGCCGUUAAAAAUUUCGGUUUGGCAUCUAAGUCUGGUAAUCUGUUGGCUUACUUCAAUAUGGCACAAAUGCAUGCAUCUGGUAUUGGUGUGCUGCGUUCCUGCACGACUGCUUUAGAGUUGUUCAAGAACGUCGCAGAACGUGGUAAAUGGGGUGGAUAUUUAAUGCACGCUUACAAUUCCUAUAAGGAAAAUCAAUUUGAAGAGUCGUUUGUUUUAUAUUCUUUCUUGGCUGAAAUGGGAUAUGAGGUGGCACAAAGCAAUACUGGAUUCAUAUUAGAUAGAGGAGAUGUUAACAUUUGGGAAACUGAAAAAGAACGCUAUGUCCGUGCAAUGAUGUAUUGGAGUAGAUCAGCUGCUCAAGGGUAUGCAGCGGCACAGUUGAAACUGGGAGAUUAUCAUUAUUAUGGUCUUGGAACCAAAAUAGACUUUGAGUUAGCUGCUAAUCAUUAUCGUCAAGCGUCUGAGCAACACCACAAUGCCCAGGCAAUGUUCAAUUUGGGUUACAUGCACGAAAUGGGCUUAGGAAUGGAACAAGACAUCCAUUUGGCAAAACGAUGUUACGAUAUGGCUGCAGAAACUAGUCUAGACGCAAAAGUGCCCGUAUUUUUAGCCUUAACUAAACUUAAUCUAUUUCACAUGGUAAACGAUUAUUACACUGAAUUUCUAAAUUUUAUUAAUGUUCUUUCAAAUGAUGUUGCUGAGCCAAUGGGUUUCAAUUGGGAUUUAUAUUUGAUAGCCGUAUUGUUUACAUUACUUUCCUACAUAAUUUAUUUGCGAAGACCCAAUAGGCAACCACAAAAUGUGUAAAAACACAUUAAUAUAUAUAUUAUAUAUUACACAAAAUAAUAAUUAUUAAAAAACCUUGGAAGACUGUACAGUACUUGUUAAAAUAAAUUAAUAUAUAUUGAUUAUAUUUUUGUUCUCUGUAUAUGCUUACAACACUGAUGCAAUCAUGUGUUAAAUUAUUAUUUUGAUAAACUAAUGAUUUAAAAUUCAAGUCCGUAAAUUAAAUGUUUAAGUUCAGAAGAAAUGAAAUGUAUUAAUU